AUGAAAACAUCCCAGAAACCACAGGACUCCGGUAGUGCCCUGAAACGCACUACAUCUCCCGGCGUGCCUUGCUCUCACGUCACUUGCUGUGGCGAGACAUGGAAAGCGGCUCUGGACUGCCUGCGAUUUCCCAGUGUAUCAGGUUGCACUUUGAGGAGGCUGUCGCUGUCGCGGGGAGCCAGCAACCCGGACCCGGACGACAUCCGGCCUCUCAAGCCGUGUCUGCUGCGCCGCAAACACAACCGCGAUCAGUACGGCAUGGCGGCCUCCUGCCUCGAGGAGCUGAGACGCAAAGAUGGAGGAACAGCCUGGGUUUCCCAAGAGUCCUUUGAUGCCCAUGAAACAGACAGGGGAGCCGGGGUGAAGUGGAAGAGUGUGGCCAGGCAGCUGAAAGAGGACCUGCCCAACAUCAUCCUGCUCUCAGAAGAGGACCUCCAAGUGCUCAUUGACAUCCCGUGUUCAGAACUGGCUCAGGAGCUUUGCCAAAGCUGUUCCAUUGUCCAAAGGGUCCAGAACGCACUCCAGCGGGAGCUUCACCGGAGAGAGGGCCGCCAGUUCCAGCAGAUGCUAGAACUGUAUCACUGGGCUAAGGAGAAGGUGGGCGCCAUCUUCUCCAACCAGGAAGAGCCAAAAGCCGCCCUUGGUGGAGACAUGGAUGCAGUGGACACGGGCAUCAGCAAAGAGAUGGCUUCCGAAGUGGCACUUACAAGCCAGAUCCUCACGCUGAAGGAGAAGCCUGCCCCAGAGCUGUGCUUAUCUAAUCAGGAUUUGGAGCUGGUCUCCAAGGAGGACCCCAGAGCCCUGGCUGUAGCCUUGAGCGGGGACAUAAAGAAAGCGGAGACAGUCUAGUGGGCCUGCAGCGCGGAGCUCGCCCUGCGCCUGCAGCAAGUGCAGAGGUUGCGUUCCCUCAGGAAUGUCUCGGUGAGGAGGAUCCACUGCCUGAGGAACAGCAGAGCCCCAAGCGCCAGACAAGACCCCAAGUAGCUCCACCGGAAGCACGCUUUGCUGAGGAAGCCCUUGGUUUUGUUAGCAGUGAAGAACCUCCCUUCCGGGGCUGGAGAGAUGGCUCAGCGGUUAAGAGCAUUGCCUGCUCUUCCAAAGGUCCUGAGUUGC